AUGGGUGGUAUCCUUCACCUUGUUGAGGAUCGGCCAACACCUCCUUCGGUUUACAACUGGCGAGUCUAUGUGCUCGCUCUCAUUGCAUCAUGUGGCUCCAAUAUGAUCGGUUAUACGAGUGCCUUCAUCGGCACAACAGUCACACUCACAUCUUUUAAAGAUGAGUUCGGCCUCGAGAGCAAGUCAAAAGCGGAAAGAGAUCUUAUUAGUGAAAAUAUUGUAUCUCUCUUCAUUGCCGGUGCCUUUUUCGGUGCUCUCCUCACAUACGGCCUUAGCCACUGGAUUGGACGCAAGUGGUGCUUGGCCAUUGCGUCUGCUACUUUCUCAUUGGGAGCUGGUCUGCAGUGCGGUGCCAACAGCUCUCGCGGCUUGGGAAUCUUGUACGCUGGUCGUGUUUUGUCUGGACUUGGCACCGGUGUCGCCUCCAACAUCGUUCCUAUCUAUCUUUCGGAGCUGGCUCCGCCGGCCAUUCGAGGACGUCUUGUCGGACUCUAUGAACUGGGAUGGCAAGUCGGUGGCCUAGUGGGAUUCUGGAUUAACUAUGGCGUUGAACAACAUCUAAAGCCGAGCCGCGAGCAAUGGAUUAUUCCAUUUGCCAUUCAACUCAUUCCAUCCGGCUUGCUCUUCAUUGGCUCAGUGUGGAUUCGAGAAUCUCCCCGCUGGCUGUUCCUCCACGACCGCCGAAAGCAAGCGAUGGAGAAUCUUUGCUGGAUCCGCCAGCUGACCCCCACUGAUCUCUACAUCACGGAAGAGAUUGCUGCGAUUGACCAAGCACAUGAGGAUCAAAAGGCCACAGUUGGAAUCGGCCUCUGGAAGCCCUUCCAGGCUCUUGGACAGCGCCCGAACAUGAUGUGGCGUCUGUUCCUGGGAUGUAUGCUGUUCUUCUGGCAGAACGGCUCGGGUAUUAAUGCCAUCAACUACUACUCGCCCACCAUCUUCUCGAGUAUUGGUGUUGCCAGUGAUACUGUGAAUAUCAUGACUGGUAUCUUCGGUGUUGUUAAGGCCGUCAUGACUUUUGUCUGGCUGCUUUUCCUGGUUGACCAGCUGGGAAGACGUAAGCUUCUUCUCAUUGGUGGUAUCACCGGCUCUAUCUGUAUGUGGGUCAUUGGCGCCUACAUCUACGUUGUGGAACCGGAGGAUCAUCCUUCAAGCAGCUUGAACGGCGGAGGUAUCGCUGCUAUUUUCUUCUUCUAUCUCUGGACUGCCGUAUAUACUCCCACUUGGAACGGUACCCCGUGGGUCAUCAACUCUGAAUUCUUCGACCCUAACUUCCGCUCCCUGGCUCAGGCGUUCACAACAGCCAGCAACUGGCUUUUCAACUUCCUGGUAUCUCGAUUUACCGAACAAAUGUUCGAGACGAUGGGCUACGGAGUUUACUUUUUCUUUGCCUCUCUGUCCUUCCUCGCGUUCUUCUUUGCCUUCUUCCUUAUCCCCGAGACCAGUGGUAUUCCUUUGGAGAAGGUGGAGCGUCUCUUCAAAAUCAAGCCUGUCUGGAGUGCGAAUAAGAUCUUGAAGGCUGAGCUGAAGGAGGAGGAAGCACAGUUCCGAUAUGAUGUUAAAGACGGUGCUGUUCAUCAAGAGAACAAGUCGGAGUCUGACGAGCCUUAA